GGCCAUGGGCUUCCUUGCCGGCGGCGAUGCGGGGUCGGUUCCCUGGUGCUGAGGAGACCUCGCGUUUCCGGAUCUUGCUAGAGGGCCCGGUCUGUCGGGCUUGGUACCUGGGGGAGCGUUUUCUACGCCAGACCCGCGGGUUACCUGAGCAGAUAGUCCCGGCUCACCCUCCUGCAGAGAUGAGGGAGACCGAGGGGCUGACCCCUGAGCAGCUGGAUGAUUACUCCAUCGGCUGGGAGGAGGCCGGCUUCCGAGGCACCGGCGACUAUCAGGAGUACGUGCGGACGUACCUGAUGCGACCUUUGAGCGGCCGUCGAGCAGGGGGGGCCAGGCCUGUAGCAUCGGCGGCUGGGGCCGGAGCGGGAGCAGGGGCUGGAUCUUCGAGGAGGGCCCGGGUCCGUGGUAGGGGCAGAGUGCAGGGAGGACGAGGAGCUGGCUGGCCUGCCCUGCCCGCUGUACUGACUUUCCAGGGGCAGGGUGGGUCGACCUAUCAGAUCCCCUUCGCCCCUCCACCGGCUGGGCAUGAGUUCACUGACAUCCCCGACCUUCCGCCGGCUUCUUCUGAGUACACCCGUCAGAACGGCUGUUGCACUGAUUUGCGGAAGUAUCCACCCCGGUUGCUCCACGAGCUUCUUUUGGCGAGAUCCACUCCUUCUGAUUCGGCUUUGAUGCUUCUUGAUCGAAGGCUACCUCAAAACUGGCCACACGGGCCUUUCACGGCAUUUUUCCGUUGA